UCGCCGUAACGUCACACAGGGCGCCGGGAAAUGGCUGCCGGACUCCUACGUCAUUCGGUCGCGCAGAGUUUGGCCGUUGCUGUACAGUUGCUGGGAGGAGGCGAGAAGUGAGGUAGCUGGGGCAAAGAUCAUGCAGGACAGCGAGAGGUUUCCUGGGCAGCAGAGGCCGCUGGGCUGGCGAUGAAAGAAGCAGGGCAGAUGCAAAAUCUGGAGAGCGAGGGGGCCGGACGGUCAGUCAGCACCCAGACUGGCAGCAUGACCGGUGAAAUACCAAGGCUUUCUAAAGUCAACCUUUUCACUCUGCUCAGUCUCUGGAUGGAGCUCUUCCCAGCAGUCAAAAGUCAAAGACAAAAGUCUCAGGAAAGGGAGGAAGGAAAGCAUGGACCCUCAGGAGAUAAGGAAGAGAUGGCCAGAGUAUCUACUGACAAAAAACAGGUGAAGAGAACUGGUCUUGUGGUGGUGAAAAACAUGAAAAUUGUUGGUCUCCACUGUUCAAGUGAAGAUUUACAUGCUGGGAAAAUCGCUCUGAUAAAACAUGGGUCAAGGUUGAAAAACUGUGAUCUUUAUUUUUCCAGAAAACCAUGUUCUGCUUGUUUGAAAAUGAUUGUAAAUGCUGGAGUUAACCGAAUUUCAUAUUGGCCUGCUGAUCCAGAAAUAAGCUUGCUUACUGAGGCUUCUAGUUCUGAAGAUGCAAAGUUAGAUGCCAAAGCAGUGGAAAGACUGAAGUCAAACAGUCGGGCCCAUGUGUGUGUCUUACUUCAGCCUUUGGUGUGUUACAUGGUGCAGUUUGUAGAGGAGACCUCUUACAAAUGUGACUUUAUUCAAAAAAUUUCAAAAACAUUGCCGGACACUACCAUUGACUUUUAUUCUGAAUGUAAACAAGAAAGAAUAAAAGAAUAUGAAAUGAUAUUUUUGGUUUCCAGAGAAGAAAUGCAUAAGCAAAUACUGAUGACUAUAGGUUUGGAGAACCUGUGUGAAAAUCCAUACUUUAGCAAUCUAAGACAAAACAUGAAAGACCUUAUCCUACUUUUGGCCACAGUAGCUUCCAGUGUGCCCAACUUUAAACACUACGGAUUUUAUUGUAGCAGUACCGAACAGAUUAAUGAAAUUCACAAUCAGAGUUUGCCGCAAGAAAUUGCAAGGCACUGCAUGAUUCAGGCCAGGUUAUUGGCAUAUCGAACUGAGGAUCAUAAAACAGGAGUUGGAGCAGUCAUCUGGGCAGAAGGAAAAUCUAGAAGUUGUGAUGGAACAGGAGCAAUGUACUUCAUAGGAUGUGGUUAUAAUGCUUUUCCUGUUGGAUCUGAGUACGCGGACUUCCCGCACAUGGAUGACAAACAGAAAGACAGAGAAAUAAGGAAAUUCAGAUACAUUGUACACGCAGAACAGAAUGCCUUGACAUUUAGGUGUCAAGAGAUAAAACCAGAAGAAAGAAGUAUGAUUUUUGUGACAAAGUGCCCAUGUGAUGAAUGUGUACCUUUAAUUAAAGGUGCGGGCAUAAAACAAAUCUAUGCAGGGGAUGUAGAUGUUGGAAAAAAGAAGGCAGAUAUCUCUUACAUGAGAUUUGGGGAACUUGAAGGUGUUAGCAAAUUUACAUGGCAACUGAAUCCAUCAAGAACUUGUGUUCUUGAGCAAAAUGAGCCUGAAAGCAGAGAGAUAUGUUGAAGCACAUUGAGUGUCCUAAAAAGCUCUUCUUAUUGAAGAAAUCCCUCCUAGAGCCUCUGACCACCUCUAGCCUGGGCUAAUUGGUCACUAGACCUUCUGCACUGUUGGCUUCCCUGGAUCUUCCUCCACAGCUCUCCUGGAGGGAGUUGGGGGGCAUUCUUCACCCUCUCCUUGAAUUGGAACACCUGUUUCCUGGAAUCCAGUCUUUUUCUCAGUUUGGUGGGAAUAUCUUUCAGAAGGUCUCUGAGAAAAGGGUACAUGGUGGUGGGAUGAUUGUCAGACAAGACUAUUGUUGGGGAACAUUUUCGAUGCUAUGAGUAUCUGCAAAUGUCUUUAUUCUACCCUCAGUUUAAUCGAUAGUUUAUUGGGUGUAGAAUUCUAGAUUGGGAAUAACUUCCCCUCAGAAUUUUGAAGGCAUUGUUUCAUGAUCCCAGUUACACUACUAGAAUAAGUUUCAAGGUUUGUGUUGUCAAUCAGACUCACAGGAAUCAAUGAAGGGGGCUUCCCUGGUGGCGCAGUGGUUAAGAAUCCGCCUGCCAAUGCAGGGGACACGGGUUCGAGCCCUGGUCCGGGAAGAUCCCACAUGCCGCGGAGCAACUAAGCCCGUGCGCCACAACUACUGAGCCUGCGCUCUAGGGCCCGCGAGCCACAACUACUGAAGCCCGUGCGCCUAGAGCCCGUGCUCUGCAACGAGAAGCCACCACAAUGAGAAGCCUGCGCACCGCAACAGAGAGUAGCCCCCGCUCGCUGCAACUAGAGAAAAGCCUGCGUGCAGCAACAAAGACCCAAUGAAGCCAAAAAUAAAAAUAAAUACAUAAAUUUAUUUUUUAAAAAAUCAACAAGGGUUACUUGGCAGCAGAUGUUUAGAACAAUGUAGAACACAGCACAGCCUCAUGCACUGCAGCAGCCUCCCAAGACCUCAUAUUCACAGGCACAGCUGCCAAAAUGUCACCAUUGAGUCCUCUUUUCUCUUUGUCUUAUAAGUUUAUGUUUAAAACAAAACUCCUUUAUUUUCAUUUUAUGAUUUUGGGGGAGAAAAAAGAGGUAAAUUAAUGUUCGUUCACUUCCAUUUUUGUAUUUUCUGUAAUGUUUUGGCUUUAAGCAUGAAAAUUCCUUUCCCACAGUCAUUUUAAACAUUUUUAUUAAUAUAUUUAGUAUAAAUAGCCACCCCCUAAUGUCAUUAUGUAUCUUUUCCUUGGGGAUAAGCCCCAAAGAUAUUGUGUCAGAGCAGUAUGUGUUCUUCUGCUAAGGGCUAUUUUUAAGACUUGAUGGAGAUGAGGAAUACCUGAAAAAUACGGAUUUUCUAAAACACAACCUUUGGGGAUAAAGAAUUAAAUCUUGUUCAACAUCAUAGCAUUUGGGUGUCUUUCUAUUUGUUAUUUCUGAUUGUAUAUUUUAAAAGGCUUGAAAAUAGAAACACUUUACCAGGCUAACCAUGUAUUUUGGUUCUUGUUUAACUCUCAUCUCUGCUGGAAUUGGUCCACUAGGUGGCUUCAGGCUCAAGUUUAUUUGCAAACCAUAUAUCUGAUAAAGAGUUAAUACCCCAAAUAUACAAAGAACUCAUAAAAAUUAACAUUAAUAGAACAAAGCACCCAGUUAAAAAAAAUGGGCAGACAUCUGAAUAGACAGUUUUCCAAAGAAAACAUACAGAUGACCAACAGGUACAUGAAAAGAUGCUCAGCACCACCAAUCAUCAGGGAAACCCCAAUCAGAAUCAC